UUUUCAUUCCUUCUUUUUGAAACAAUAUUUUUUAUAUCAGUAACAUGCAAUAUAGCUUUGUGAAUUGUAAAAAUAAUACAGAUGUUUAUAUGUUGUAGAAUAGAUGUAAUAGAAGUUGCAACCAAUGGGGAAGCUGCUCUGAAGCACGCGCUCCGCCUCUCUGAUUAAAUUACCCAAUGGGAAUCGCAAAAGGAUUUUUAAAUCCUCCAAACCGACUGUGUAACGCGCUGUGGUUUGACAUUUCUUCGACAUUUAAGUUAAGUUAAACUCUCACAAGAACUCGGCGACACGGAGGACAACAUUUUUGGUCGAUAUUGUAGGAACCGAGGAUGGCAAAAGGGAAGAAAAAAGGACUAAAAACGGACAAAAAAACAAGUGAGACUGCUGAACAAACAACUACCUCACAAGCGGAGACAAAGGAAAACAAGCCACAAAUUAACAAGGAAUGUGUUGGUAAAGCGCAGUCAGUUCUCCAGAGUCUGCGCAGUCCAGGAAAACCCAGGUCCCCGCUGAGCGACAGCUCCAGCAUGCUCAUCCUGGAGGGGAAUGAUUCUGACGCCACUGAUCCUGGUCUGUCAAAGCUGAAGCAAGACACAACCGAUAAAGCAAAAUCUAAGAGCUGCAGCUCCAAAGAGCAGAAACCGGACGGGCCGUGUCAAAGUGAGACAAAAAAGCAAAUCUCUGGCAAACUAAAGCAAAAAGAGCCCAGCGCAGAAUCAGAUGGUAGCCACACAGUUCCAUCAGCCACGCCUCAGAGUAAAGCCCACCGCCGCAAGCUCGGAGCAAAAAAGAUGGAGAACAAAGCUCUUCAAAACAGAAAAGUCACAGAUUAUUUUCCCAUCAGGAGAAGUAACAGGAAAACUAAAAUGGAGAUAAAGAGUGAAGAACACAGACACAUUGAUGACCUGUUAAAGAACAGGAUUGAGGAAGGACUGGAGGUCAAACACAUAGAAGGAAAAGGAAGAGGAGUCUUUGCCGUGAAGAGUUUCAAAAAGGGAGAUUUUGUUGUCGAGUACCAUGGCGACCUGCUGGAUCUGGCUGAGGCCAAAAAGAAAGAGGCCCAGUAUUCUGAGGACCCUAAAACAGGCUGUUACAUGUAUUACUUCCGGUAUCAAGCUAAAACCUACUGCAUAGAUGCUACCAAAGAAACUGACCGUCUUGGACGGCUGUUGAACCACAGUAAAAGUGGGAACUGCCAGACGAGGCUCCACCCCAUCGAUGGGACGCCUCAUCUGAUCUUUGUGGCCUCCAGGGACAUCAAGGCAGAGGAGGAGCUGCUCUACGACUACGGGGAUCGGAGCAAAGAGUCCAUCUCUGCACACCCCUGGCUUAAAUACUGAAAGGUUUAAUAUGCUGAACACCAGUUGUUCUCAGUCUUUAUAAAAGUGAGCUGUACAUAAAAUGACACUCUUUGAAAAUAUGCCUGGAGUGAAGCUGUGAGCUUCAAUACUUCAAGUGUUUUAGGGUUUUUUUCUUUUUUUGCAAAAUGUGCUUUUAUUCUUUUAGUUUCUUUUUCUAAAUGAAUUGAAUGCUAUUUUGGCUACAGUAAAAUACAGCCUGAGCUUGAUAUGAAGAAUAAAAUAGUUUUCACUCCAGCUGUAGCCUAAUGAAUGCUGGUUAUAGAGUGAAUGACAAAGAUCAUAUAUGAUGCUCUGCAGGGUGUCAUGCAUGUUCUCUGCUGUCUUUAUUUUCUUCAUUACUGUGUGGUUUCUCAUGAUGUUUGCUGUUUAGAUAUUCAGGUUCUGUACAGCUAAGAUAAAAAUUAUUUAUACCCCUGGCAGAUUUAGCUUCAAUGUAAUCUUUUGGUUUUAACCAACAUGUUGGUGCAUUAGGGUGAUGGCAAAGAGGCCUUCCAGCCUCAAAGAUUUUAAAUACCAGUGGAAACAUGAAAUAAGCU